CUGGAGCUGUGGAAACACUGCACAGUGUGUCCUGCUGCCGGAGGUACCAAUUCCCUGUUCUUUUAAACUCGGAAACAGUACAUAAGAUUUACAGCUUCACUGCCCAAUAAGGAUAAUGCCGACCUUGAUACCAGUACCACAGCCCUCCUUAUCCCAGGCCAGGGAGAAUCUGGUGAAUGCUUUCCCUCCCAGGCUCCUCUGUCUGCUGGCCUGCGGAGGAAUAGGUUGCCGCUAUGAAGGACCAGAGUGUUGGAAAUUAAAUCAACAGGUCAUUCGAGGCAUCUUCUCCUCCUGGGUGACAGAUGACAUCAUAGCCAUGGCACGGCCAUCGAGUCAUCUAAUUAAGAAGUUCAAAAUCAUAGAACAAUUUCAAAGGUUAAACAUCAGAUCAAUCAUCAACAUGCAGCUCCCUGGAGAACACGCUCACUGUGGACCUCCCAUAGAGCCUGACAGCGGUUUCACGUACUCCCCACAGACCUUCAUGGACAAUGACAUUUACUUUUAUAACUUUGGGAUGCAAGACUUCAAUGCGUCCUCCCUUGUUGGUUUAAUUGACGGGGUGAAGGUUCUGGCCUUUGCACUGAGCGAAGGAAGAGUGGCCGUGCACUGCCAUGCAGGCCUGGGCAGAUCAGGCGUCCUGAUAGCCUGCUACUUGAUUUACACCCUGCGCAUCAGCCCAAGUGAGGCCGUUCAUUAUGUGCGGAUCAAACGGCCACACUCCAUCCAAACUCGGGCCCAGCUGAACCAGGUGUUUGACUUUGCUCGCCUGCUUGGCUCACAGCUGGUUCAAUACCCAGACCCUCGCCUGCGGCACGGAGACCCUUUCAGCCUGCAGCUGCACCUGAACAGACAGGCCUUACUGCUGCAUGGCCAGGAGGCACGCACCCUCAAACAAACACCAAAGGUGGUGUACCUCCUGUGUGUGUAUCUCUCCUGCUUAGCCCUGGGUCUCCCUGCCCCUCCAGAGAUCCAGGCUGAGCUGGACAAGAGGUCAGCACUGAGGAGCCUGAGCAGGACCGUGAGGGAGACCCUGGUGUCGAAACAGUGCUUGCCCUUACUGAGAGAGUGUCACCAGGGGCCAAGAGUGAGUUUAGGAUCGGUGUCCUUCUGGGACGAGCCUCUGGGCUUUUUGACGAGGAAGAGAGAGGUGCUGCAAGACAAACGCAGCUACAGUGACUCUGACCUCAGCAAGAUCGCAGUAAAUCAGGAUCUGGAGUUGAGUCCAUACUGCAACUCAGAAGCUGGAAAUGAAAGACAGGUUUGUGUAAAGGAUCUGACACAACCUGAUCUGAGACCAGCUAGUCCGAUCCUUGCCAGCAUCAAACAAGGCCUCCAGCCAACCAAAAUGGAAUCUCAAGCACUCAACCUGCCAGUAUCUAGCAUGACAUCAAGCAAGGACUGUGCUCUGAGGUCAAAGUGCUCAGCUAGAAAGGCACUUCCCAAAUACAGCUCCAACAUUGAGUUAAGCAGAAAUCUACAUAAUCCAGGCCCAGCCUCAGUUGCUGUUGCUAAGGCAUUGGCAGAUCAUUGUCCACGGGAAGAAAACAUCCUGCAAAGAUCAGCUCUGCUGCAGGAGGAACUGAACAGUAGUGACUGUGGCUGGGCUCUGCUGCUCACUGAGUCAGAUCCUCAGGUUCUCAGCUGUCUGUUGUGGACCUGGCUGGAGAGGUUAAAGGAGCCUGUUCUGAGUGCAGAGGAUGUAGACAGGUUGUGUUGUGGUGCCAACAAACGGAAACCUCUCAGUGUGCUCAAGAAGCCACAGAGAGACACCAUCUCCUGCCUCCUGAGCUGUGUGAGCACCGUGACCAGCCUGUGUCCACACAGAGAGGAUGCAGUGCUGCAACGACUGCUGCAGGCACUUACAAGGUGCCCCCAUGAGGAAGCUUCGAGCCUGGCAACAUUAAUGAAGGUCCUGAAGGCGAGUUUAAGAGAAACCUCCCACAGCUAUCUCUAAAGAGACAGCAACACCAAUGUUCCACUUUGAAGAGCAGAGUCCUUAUUAUUAUAAAAGUUGUAGGUGUACUCAUACUUUUACAAACUUAUACCAUUCUCAGUUGGAUCAAUGACUGAACAUAUGAAAAUUGCUAGUGAAAAAUAGAAGUCUUAGGUCAUAGUCAUAGAAGUAUUGAAUGCAUUUACAAGUAAAAUCAUUCCAUUUUAAGAAGAGCAGAUGCAAGGGUAAAUGCUUUUACUGUCAUUUUGAUAUAAAAUGAUUUUUCUACGGCAAGUGGGGUCUUCCUUGUAUUUUUCUGUAUACGGCGCACAAUCAAAAGGGUUUGCCCCCCCUGAUUUAACCCAUUGGCCAGUGCUGCAUAUUGUUAUGUAACAAUGGCUAACAUUUAAAUGAAUCCCUUACAUCAUAAUUCAAUGACUACACUGUUACAAUUUACACUUUACAUUAGGCUAAAUAAUUUGUUCAUGUAUACUUUAAAUAGUGUCAAAGUUACGGUAAUGUAGUACUAGCAGAUUAAAUCCAAACCGUCUGUGUGUCAACAGUCUGAUCUGUGGCCUAUUCACCCUUCCAAGCCUAAUAAAUCAUUGACACCGUC